GGGCCAACCGUUGCUCCCCGGCAGCACUCCCGCCAUCUCAUAUUCUCUUGGAUGGAGAGGCAGAGGAAGCUUCUGGUCCAAGCUUCGUUUGGAAUGGAAGGCAACGGGCGCAAGAGAAAGCCCUUCUCCGACCUCACGAACGCGCGAUCCCUCUCCUCGUCCUCGGCCCUCUCUCCUCUAAAGCGCAAGGCCAAGCUCAAGCACAAGCGCUCUGAGCGGAAAUCCUCUCCGUCAUCGAACAUCGACGUGGUCUCCCUUCGAUCCGGCUCCAGCAUCGGAUCCAGCGCCCACGAAAACCCCGGAGUCCGAGAAAUCCCCAAACCUAAUCCCCGACGUGAUGAGAAACAACACCACAAAAUAGCUGGAGAUGAGGAUCUUGGCGGUCCUAUACUACUUCAGGAUUAUAUUGAGAAACAGAGAGCUUACUUUGCAGAAAUAGAUGCAUUCGAACUGCCCGAGGAGGUGGUCUCGGAGAGGGAACUGGAAUAGCCAAGCUGAUCCAGUCAUUGAUUUCCCUUAUUCUCUUUGCAGAAUAGACACUACAGACUACAGACCUGCAUUUUGGACACUAAUGGGUGGACCACAUCAAGAACAUCUAGAAAUUUUAGCAGCAGGCAUGGUUACUGCAAUGUAAAUCCAGCCACGGUGGCUCACAUAAUGAAGCAAACAAUUAGCAGAAUCUGACACCUUUUCUUGAUCAUCAUUUUUUUUCUUUUUUCCUUUUCUACUUCUA